UACUUCAAAAAUUUUGUAACACAUACACACACACACAAACCAACACUAAAUAAGAAUUAUGAAAAGAAAAAGCAAAAACAAAAAUAAUAUUGAAAAUCGUCGGUCGUCACAACAAAAAAAACAACAAAAAAAAAAUAAUUUUUUUUUUCCUUUUUGGAUGAAAUUCCUUCUCGAGAUAAUAAUUUUCAAUCAGUCGAUUUACGUCGGCCGAGCCAUAAUCUUGACUUUUUGCUAAAAUUUAUUCAAAAAAAAAAAAAAAUAAAAUAAAAUUUUAAAUUAUUUUCUGUUAUUUUUGUGCACACAUUCACACACGUUUAUACACACAGCUGCUGUAGUUGAUUUUCAAAAAAAAAAAAAAUUGUUUUUUCUAUAAAAUUUAAUUUUUUUUUUUCGAUUUCUCUCGCAAUUCAAUAAAAUCAUAAAAAAAAAAUAUUUAUACCCAAAAGGGCGGGCUUUACUUAAGAGUAUCUCCCAUAUCAAUUGAAUUAAAUAAUAAUAAUAAAAAAGAAGUAAAAUAUUUAAUAAAAUAUUGAAAAAUUACAAAAAAAAAAAAAAACAAGUAAUAAUAAAAAAAGUUCACCAUAGAUUUGAUUUGAAACGUAGUCAAAAGCACGUUUCAAUUAUAAAAAAAAAAAAUUUUUUUUAUUUUGCAAUAUUUUUUUUUUUUUCAUAAGUUUAUUUUAAAUACACAGGGAGAAAAAAAAACCCUAAUAAAAAAGAAUUCAAUAACUUCGAUUUAAAAAAUAAAAAAUUCAAAAUAAUUUUAAUUUUGAUUUCUUCAUAAAUUUUUUUUUGCUGGCAAACAUUUUAAAAAUUAUUAAAAAGAUUUAAAAAACAAAAACCAAACAAACAAACUUUAAAACAAAGAACAAUGGUGUUAAAGUGAUCGUCACAAAUUGAAAAAAAAAAAAAUAAAAUAUUUUAACUUCUAUUUUUGAAAAUGGAACUGAAAAUGAAAUUUUUUUACUAAAUUUCUUCUGAAAAAUAAAAUAAAUUUAAUAGAAUCGGAAAAGAGAAAAUGUGCUUAAAGCCUUUUCAAUACUAAUUUCUUAUCAAAAAUAAAUUCUUCUGCUAAAUAUUCAACCACUUUACAAAACAAACUGCUGCUUACUCUUUUAAAAAUUAAAUUUAUACAAUCAAAUUAAACUGGGGUUGCAAAAGAAAAAAAUAUUCAAAAUAGAGCAGGAUACAAAAUAAUUAAUUAUUGAUCGCUUGCAUUCUUCACGCUGCUAUCGCUUGCCACUUUUAUAUUUGCGCAAUUAUAUACUUAACUGCUGCUAUCAAUCCUCCGGAAUUCAAAAACAACAUAAGAAAGCGUUCUUCAGCUGCACAACAAUUACGUCUUGACACUGGUUUUGGAUUAUUUGAAAAUUUUAAUUAUUUUCGAAACAACAAAAAAAAUCAACUAAACUAUAAAGUGAAUUCUAAAAUUUAAUUGCAACUUUUUUAACAAUUCCGAUUAUUUAAACAUCAAACAACACAGUCUUGCCGUUUUAUUAAAAUAUUAAAAUAUAAAAAGAAGAACAUCUUCUGUCAUUCAAUUAAGUGGAUGUAAUUGACGUAAUAAUCAACAUUGGCAAAAUAAAAAAAAAAUAAAUUGGCUUUCUUUUUAAAAAUUUAAAGCAUUAGAAAAAUUAUUUUCAAAAUUCUUUAAAACAAAAAAUUUUCUUCCCUUCGUAUUUUCGCAAGUAUUUGGAUGAGUAAUAGCGCGAUGGUUGCUGUAGCAAUUUGUUGUAUUUUACUAUUAUUAGCCGUAUUUAUUAUUAUUAUUAUAGUAGUUGGUCAACAAAUGGGUGAACCUAAGUGAGAUAAGCUUCAAUUGGGGCCAGGUAAUUAUCCCGAUGGAUAGCAACGGCCCCCACUUUGUUAGUGUUUAAUAAAUUUUAUUGGCAAAAUUUUUAUUUCUUUAGUAAAUGUUUUUUAAAUUCAAAAAGAAAAAAAAAUAAUAUAAAAAAAUUUUCGAUAAAAAUUAAUUUAUAAAUUAAAUUUAAAAUUAAAGAAAAAAAAUACUAAUUAGAAAACAAAAUUCUUUUUAUAAAAAUAAGAUUAUAAAUUAAAAAUUAAGAAUUAAUUAAUAUAAUUGACAUCACGUAGGUAAAAAUUUUAAAAAUUAAAUUUUAAGGUUUUAGAAAAACAAAAAAAAGCAUACAAACAAAAAUCAUUUUUAAAUCAUAAGAAUUUUGAAUUUUUAUUUUUAAAUUAUUUAGAGGAAAAGAACAAACGUAAACCAAAAACAAAUUAAAAUUUCCCCAAACUUCAAAUAAAAUGAAAAUAUCAUGUUUGAAAUGUCAUCAAACACCAUGAAAUGUCAUUGAAUAAUGUGAUGGAAUUGUAAUUUUUUUUUUGAUUUUACACUCAUCUUCGUUUUCGUUGCGCCGCGCUGCGUUAUUCAAAUUCAUUUUUUUUGCAUAUCAACAUUGUUGUCAUUUCUUCUUUUGUCAUACGUACGUAUUAAUUCUCUUUUUUAUCAGUCAAUAUUUUAACAAGACAAUUUCAAAAGUUCAUACACAAUAUUGUAAAAAUGGCAUAAAAUAUCAAAAAAGCUUGAAAAAUUUUAACGUAUUUGUAGUACAUUAGUAAUCAAUGGAAAUUUAAUCAGUUGUAAUUCGCUAUCAACUAUUUAAAAUUUUAAUUAGUUUAAAAAAAAAAUUGCAAAAUUUUAUAUUUUUGGCUUCCAAAAAAAUUUUGUUACAAUUGUGUGAAAAAAUCUUGCAAAUGAUAAUUAAAUAUUGACAUUGACAACAAUUUGACAAUUGUGAAACGUUUUCAAAAUAUUACAACAUAACCAAUUUCGGUAUGAUGUAUGCGAAGUCGAUGUACUGUUAAUUUUUCUAUAAAAUUAGAUUUUAAAUUUGACAUUUUUCUAUUUCAAAAUUUGACAUUUUUCUACUUUUAUAUUAAAGAAAAUUUGACAUUUGUGAUAAAUGAAAAAAAAAAAUUUUUAAAAAUUUAAUUUUAAAUUUUGAAUUCGUUGCUAUUUACCUGAAAUGUUUUACUUUUCGGUACUUAAACUAAUAAUUAAAGAAAAAUUUUGUGACAUAAAAGAAAUUUAUAUGUCAAAAUAUUGAGUGAAUUAUUGUUAAUUCAGUAAGAAAAAGUUUUCUUAAAACAUUUACUGAAAAUUUUAUUUUAAUAUGACCUAAAAAUUUUUAUAUGUAGCUUUUCAUAUUACGAGUACAAGUACGUUUGAUGAAAUAUUCAAAAAUUCAUAAUAAAAAUAUGAGAUGUUCAAAAGAAAAAUUCAUUAAUUCAAAUUAUUUCGGUGUCCUUGGGUCGCAUUUAAAUUUACACAUACACACACAUUUUUUUUAUUCAUAAAAGAUUUUGUUUUAUUUCACUGUCAAAAUAAUUUUUUAUACAACAUAUUGCAAAUGUAUUAAAUUUUUUUUUUAAGAAAUUUUAAAUAAAAAUUAAAAAUAAUAAAAAUAUUUUUCUUUUUUUGUUUUAUAUUUCAAAAAUUUAAUGAAAUAAAACAGCAAAACAACAAAACAAAAAUAACAAUAAUAAUAAAAUAACAGUGAAGGAAGGAAAGAUAAACAAGAAUCUUAUCAUUCAUAAAAUUCAAUUUAAAAAUAUACACACAUACAUCCUCGAACAUAUCACUAUAAAAAAUCUGAUGAAUGUUAUAUAUAUUGUUAUACGCCUAUUAUAAUUUUAAUAAAAUAUGAAAUUUUAGUUCAAAAAUUGAAUAAAUAUGAAAACAUCGUGUGUAAACACACAAAUAAAGACAAUGACAAAUAAAGACAAAUAAAAAAAAAUGUUUGUUUUCGUUUUGUCUUUAGGCCGCUUUUAUUAUUUUUUGUUUUUGGAAUAAAAUGGACGUAUAUUGAAGUUUUGCUAAAGCUGACAGAAUCAGCUUUUCCAUAUCAAUUCUUUUAUAUUAUUUUUUUUCAAUAGUAAUCGUGAAUGAUAUAUGAAUACUAAGUAAAUAAUCCUUUCUAAUAUUUUAUAACUUUGACGAAAUUUGUUAUUGUCAAAAAUUUCUUCAAAUAUUUUGUAUUUUAGAAUAAUAUUAACCUUUUCAUUGUCACAUUAAGAAUAAUACAGACAAAGUUUCUCACAAUUUUGACUUCGAUAUUGAAUAAUAAAAUUGGUAAGCUUUCUGGCAAAUUUUUUCUUAAAAUAUUUUUACGCCCUCUAUUCGCCUCUUAGUAAAUAAUGUCUGCUCUCAAAUUGAAAUUUGUUUUAAAAAUGGAAGCAACUACUAAGAGUAAUUUAUCAAAACAUUUUGGGGAAUCAUAACUUCUUAAAGUCGAAAAUUCAAAGGAAUACAAUUAUUUAUUACUUAAUAUUCAAGUAAACGAAUAAAACAGUUAGCAGAGUGCUGCAGAUUAGUUUAUAAUUUGAGAAAUUUUAAGACAGAUGUUACUGUACACUUUUACAUAAUUUUCCAAAUUUUGUGUUUUAUAAUUUUCAUUCACAAUAAUUUUUUUUUUAAAAAUUACUCAUUGUUAUAAAUAUUUUUUGUAUUAAAGCAUUCAUUUUUUGUCAACUGAUGGCAUUGUUUAAGUAACAUUAUAAAUUUCCCUAUAAUUUUACACCUUUUACUGUUAAUUUAAUUUGAAAAUAAAAAUAUUUAAAUUUUCUAUAAAAAUUUCACAGGUAUUAUUCACCUACUUUUCAAUUUUUAAUAUUUUCCGACGCAAGCUAUUAAAAUUUUUAUGUUUCAAUUGUUUUACACACCCACCCGAAUGUGGGAACUGAACAAAAAACUUGAUUGAAAUUUAAAUUUUUUUUAUACUUCAUUAUUGUUCGCAUUAUACACAUUUAAUAUUCUAAUUUGUAUUUUUUAAAAUAACACGAAUUAUGGAAAAUAUUAAAGACGUAAUAAUGAAAAUCUCUUGGGGUUUCUAUAACCUCUUAUACUUUAAAAUAUUGCAAGGAUAAUAAUUUUAAUGUUAUCAAACAGGCAAUCUAUACAUCUUAAAUAAUCCGCAUACAUCUUAUAUGAUAUUCGGGUGAGACACAAUAACAAGAAAUCAAAGCGCAAAAUAGAAAGUAAAAAAAAGAUUAUUAUUGACACCGCCAUUAUCGUUUACAUGCUUAUUUCUUAAAAUAAAUACGAAAGAAAAAAUAUUCAGAAAAACACUAUGAUAAUAUUUUCUUUGAAAUUAUAAAAUAGAUUUCAAAAGAGAUUAACUAUGAGACAAAAAUGACUUUUUAUGUUUUCUUUCUAUAUACUACAGAAAUACGCAGUUUAAUGUCAUAUUUAUGAUAUGAGCUAUAUAUACUUGUAUGCGAUUAUAUCGUAGGCGAAUUUAUUGUUUUAUAGUUAAGCAGACGCUCAUGAAAUUUAAUAACUUACAAAUAAUUUAUUCUAACAUUUCUGUCACCCAAAAAAAAUAUUACUGUUAUACAAGAUCAUUUUACAUCAUUUUGAAAAAUAAUUUUCAUUUAAUGGAAUAUUUUAUGUGAUUUUUGCUCUUAUUUAUAAUUUAUACGCAGAUAUAAGCCAUUUACAGUGAAAUAUAAAAAGACACUUAUAUAAAGCAUUUAAAAUAAGAUAUAGAAGGAUAUUGUUUGCAGAACAGAUUUUUUUUACAAUGGAUUUAAUUUUAAAGAAAAAUAGAAAUUUGCUGUCAUUUUUGACGUAUUAAUGCCAAAAUGUUUUAAUUUCAAAUGAUCAAAAAGUCAAUAAUUAGAUAUUGCUAUUUUGAAAGGUUUUGGUGUAUUUAAAUUUGGU